ACGCCGGGCAGGGCCGGAGGUGGCGGCGGGCCCGGAGCGGAGGUCCCUGUGCCGGUGCGGGGCUCGGGGGGCCGGGCGGGUGUCGGUCGGUGGGUGCCGCUGGCCCGGGGCUGAGGCGGUUUGGGCACGGAGGAGCUCCUGUCCGUGCGGCGGCACCUCUCCGCUCUGCAGGCCGCUGCGCAGAUUUGGCGUUAAACAACACAACAGAAAGAAAAUGACCCACUGGUUUCACCGCAACCCUUUGAAGGCUACAGCUCCCGUUUCAUUUAAUUUUUACGGGGUAGCUACCACUCCAGCUGCAGCAAAGGUUUGCAAUGAUUUGAGGUUAUCUCGAUCCCGACUGUUGGAGCUGUUCACAGACUCAAGUUGUAAUCCAGAGAUGAUGAAGAAUGCAACUGACCUGUACUUCUCACUCUUGCAAGGUUUUAUCCUUUCACUGGAUGACUCUUCCCAAGAAUGCAAGUUGAGAUAUAUUCAGAACUUCAAGUGGACAGACACAUUGCAAGGACAAGUUCCAAGUGCCCAGCAGGAUGCAGUGUUUGAACUGGUUUCCAUGGGAUUUAAUGUGGCUCUGUGGUACACAAAAUAUGCAUCAAGACUCGCUGGAAAAGAAGAUAUAACAGAAGAUGAAGCAAAAGAUGUUCACAGAAGCCUGAAGAUAGCAGCUGGGAUCUUUAAACACUUGAAGGAAAGUCACAUUCCAAAACUGAUUACACCUGUAGAAAAGGGAAGAGAUUUGGAAGCUCGACUUAUAGACUCUUACAUCAUCCAGUGCCAAGCUGAAGCUCAAGAAGUGACAAUUGCUCGGGCUAUUGAGCUGAAACACAAUCCGGGACUCAUAGCUGCUCUUGCUUAUGAAACAGCUAACUUCUACCAAAAAGCUGACCAAACAUUAUCCAGUUUGGAUGCUACCUAUGCAGGAAAAUGGAGGAAGUACUUAAACUUGAAGAACUGUUUCUAUAUGGCCUAUGCAUAUUGUUACCAUGGUCAGACUUUACUGGCGAGUGAUAAAUGUGGGGAAGCAAUCAGAUCUCUGCAGGAAUCAGAAAAAUUUUUUGCCAAGGCUGAAGCAUUGUGCAAAGAAUAUGGAGAAACCAAAGGGCCCGGGACCACUGCCAAACCUUCUGGACAUCUCUUCUUCAGGAAGUUGGGAAGUUUGAUUAAGAACACACUAGAAAAAUGCCAGAGAGAGAAUGGGUUCAUCUAUUUUCAGAAGGUGCCAGCAGAGGCUCCCCAGCUGGAACUGAAAGCAAACUAUGGCUUAGUAGAGCCUGUUCCCUUUGAAUUCCCUGCCUUGAACGCACACUGGACUCCUGAAACGCUUGCGGCAUUUGAUCUCACCAAGAGGCCAAAGGACGACACUGCUAAACCAAAACCAGAUGAAGAAGUAAAACCUCUGAAGGAACCAGAUAUAAAGCCUCAAAAAGACAGUGGAUGCCAGAUUUCUUAAGUGCCAUUAAGUGCUAUGAAUUCACUUUGAAACUGUAUUAAUGGGACUCUGGGGCUUUAGUUCUGAUCUCCCUUUUUCUGAUCCUUCUUUUUUAAUUUAGAAGACUAAUUUAAUUUACUUUUGUUAGUGUGCAUCUAUCUUGCUUGAGAAUGUGGUGGAUUUCUAGGAGUUUAUUUAUAUCUGACAUAUUUUGGGGUUUAGUGGGAUAUCAUAGAAUGAAUGGGCUUAAAUGUUCCUAUUGUGCCUCUAGAGAGUUUCUUUUUGUGGGUUUAGUUUCUACCCACAAAUAGCAAAGGCAGUAUCAUGAUUGUAACACUUGAGGAUGUUUCCAUUUAUAUUAUAUGCUAUAUAAUGUUAAAUUGUGCAAACAAAAGUUUGCAGGAACAGUUCUAUUUGUCCAGGUUUUGCCAUUCAGGCUCAUCACCCUGUCGUGUUCAGAUUCCCUUAAUUGCAGUGAGGGAAGCAAAUCUGGGUUUGGUUUGCAACACCCCUAUGGCAUUUCACAGGACUUAGCCUUAAGUUCUGUGUAACUGGAGCACAGUUUAUAUUCUUCUGAAAUGAUUAGUACCUGUUCUUUCCUCUACAGAUGAGGGUUCUUGUAUCAGAAUUCGUAGUAAGGUGCUUUAGCUUGUCUGUCCUUAAGUUAAAAUCCUUUAAUAUCAAAGUGUAUAUGAAAGUGAUGCAGCAAGUAAUACGAAAGUGCUUAAAAGCCAAGCCCAGUCAAGACUGUGACUCUUCCAUUUCUGCCUUCUGUGGAAAACAUGAUAAUGUUCUUUAGUGCUGAGCACUGCAAAACACCCAUGUCAACAAAACCACAGCUUUCUGAUUUGCUGCAAACACAAAAGACUGAUGCAUGUGUUGCAGUCUCUCGUACCAGUUGCUGCACUUCACUUUACCUGAGACUGGACAGCCUGGAAACGCUCCUGUUUCAACAUGGUGGCAUAUGCACUUACCACGAGCUAUACUGUAAACGCAUUCCUCACUUGGUACUGUUUGGAUUGGUUCAUCUUGCACUUGGUAAUUCUGUCUAAAAUCCUUCAUGGGACUUAGAGUAAGUUAGCUUAGAGGCCAGGUUUGUAGCUCCUUGAAGGCCUGUGGAACAAAAGCUUUUGAGGAGGUUAAUAGGAAACUCAAGACUCUUCAUGAGAUACUGGACCAAAGUGCAGAAUUUGUUGCUGCAGAAGGCACAGAGGCUCUUAAUGCUGCCUGACAUGGGUGAAUCAAAUGCAGAUUGAUUCAUUGUUUCCAGUGAUGGAUUUUUCUUCCAGCCAGUUUUGCACACAAAAAUAAGUGUAAAAUCAGCUGAAUUGCUUUGGAAGAAGUUUCUGUUCUGCAAGGGCUUGGGUGGGUAGAAAACUCACUGUCCUCUACCCAAGAUUCAAGAAGAAUUUAUAUCUAAAAUUGGUCCAUUUGUUCUGAUGCUGCACAGGGGCCUGGGGUAUGUUUUAUGAAGAGUUACUCAUCUCUGUUCAUAACUUAAUCCACUGACUUUUUAGUCUACUUGCAUUGUUAAAAGACCAGCUUAGGUUUUGCCAGAAUGGAGUGUGCAGCUACUUUGUUUAUACAGAUUUCAGUUCUGAAAAUGUUUAAAGCUGUAGUCAUCACCAUCUGCUUAGCCGGCCCCCUUUAAGGCUCAAGAUACAGUUAACUCAGUUUCAUAAUCAUGGUUUUAUAGUUACUCAUUGUUUUUCAGAUGCCUGCUAAUGUGUACAUGUCUCAACCCAAUUAACUUCCUCUAUGCAGACUAAGAUGCCAGUUUCCUUCCUCCCCUCAUUUCCCCUCCCAUCUGCUACAUGUGUAGGUCUUGGGACUCAUUUCCAAUGAGGCUUUUGCCCAGGGUAUAAUUCAAUAUAGGAAGAUCUUCAAACAAAAUGAACUGAUCAUGUGUAAAUCAUUCCCAAACAACUUCUUGGGAAAGAUUAGGUUUAGGGACUUGCAAUUCUUUGGACUCUUUUUCGAACCAAGUGGUUUGUUUGAAUCAAGUUCACUGUAAAUAGUUUGGGCCAUAACCAAGUGGAUUAUGUCAGAUUAUGGCAUUACUUAAGCCUAGCUCUGUAACCUCUUAUGCCGUAGCUGUUUCAGUAAAUAUGAUGUAGUAGUUUAAAAAUAGACUAAUGGAACAAACUAACUCACUUGACAUGUGUUGCUUUUCGAGGCAAACUUUGUUUACUUGUAGUUCAAAUCCUAUAGCAAACAUUGGAUAGUUUUGCCCCAAAAUAAGAAACUGGAGACUGUUUAGUUUGCAAAGUGUAGAGAGCUGUGUGUCAGCGAGCAGUUUUCUCUGGGUUUUGUUGGGUAGUGGCAAGAAUAACUGUAAAUACUAUGUAGAUUAACUGCCCAGUAUAUUUAGGAGUAUGGGUGAAUAGACUAGGAGUUCCAGCUAAUCUGGAAACCUAGCAGCCAUGUUCCUUCUCUUAUGAUUUCCUUUAGUAAUCUUAAGAAUGAGGUAUUUUGAAUGGUGACUUUUUAAUACUCUAAUGCUGCAAGAGCCUGUUUUUGUGGCCUCUCUCUCGUUUUAGAGGCUCUCAUGGCUAAACCUGCAAAUCUUGUUGGUAUAAAUAGUCCUGAAAGAUUUGUGUCCAGCCUGAACUAGGACAAAACUGCAGCUAAAUAAAACAUGGAGUGCUGGGCCCUCUAUUUUCUGCUUUAAAAGAUGCAGCGAUUGUCUUUAAUCUACUAUAAAACAAACCAUUGAGCUCUUUGUAAGUUUUCUAUUCAAAUACCUUUCUCCAUGUAUUUAAAUACGCUUCCUCCUUGUUUCGUGUUCCUGGUUUACAGUAGUUAAUCUCCAUCCAGCAUGUGACACUCCUACAGUGGAGGGACUAAAUUUGCCCAUCGGAUGCUGAUGUCUGCCUCCCACUGGCUGCAGUAGAGGAGUUUUUGCCUGUCAGCCUAAGGAUGAUGUUUAGUCACUUCAGUGUUCAGCAUGGAUAUGUGGUGUGUCUGUAAUGAUGGUGGUGGUUCAUACUAUAAGCAAGAAAGCAGAUCCCUGUAUCUGUGUAGAAUAUAGGCAACUUUGCACUUUAGAGAGUUCUGGUCUUGCAAUUUUGGAACGCUACAAUAUGGUUGUAAAUAUUCUUUCCUGUCAGUUUGAUUUCGUUGCACUGAUUUCAGUACUGUGCUAUGGGUAAGAUUUUUUUAUGGGAGACAUUACUAAAAUGUAUUGUUAAUUGUCUGUGUAUAAAACAAACUCAUGAAGCAUAUCUUUAGUAUUGGGGGAACAUGAGAGGAGGCCAUAGUUCAUCUGCCUUCAGUUCACAGAAAUGAAAGGUUUCUAUCUCUGGGGUGAUACAUUUCAUCCCAUCCCUGCAUCUAAACUGUUUCAGCAUUAACACAAAUCCUGUUCAUGCCUGUUAAUUAUCUUUAAAAACUAAGUAAUCUGCCUCUAAAGAUCAUUGCCAAAUUGUCAUAGCAGCAUGAGCUGCUCUGGGGUUUUCUUCUCUCGUUUUUCUUCUCACUGGCCCAGUUGGGUGAGGAAUAAAGCACAGUGAGUGUGACCAGCACGGGAAAGCCCCUGCAGUGGGUACCUGUCUCAGGUUCUGAGUGCACAAUAAAGAAGGGCCUUUCCACCAUGACCUCUGCUUUCACUCAGAUCUUUCCCUGCUGGUGCUGCUCUCAGCUUCAACAAACGUCUCAUGGUAACUAAGGGGACCUUUGAUUAGCUUUCAGUGCAGGAAGGCCUGCCUCCUUUGGUGUUGGUGCCUUCAUGGAUUACAACCUUGAAGCCAUCCCGUGCUCCCAAUAAUGAAACUUCAGUGGCAUCAGCUCCAAGAUCGACCACGCAGCCUGAUUUUGUGCAGCCAGUCACCACGCAAUCUUAAGCUUCAUAGUUUGCAAGUUUGUAUUUAACCAGGAGUUUCAGAAUACCACUUGAAAUAAACAAUCUCAAUGUA